ACACACGCCCAGUCACCCCCUCCCCUGCCGGCUUUACCCGACAUGCCUGGCGGACGUUGCUAGGUGACGGCUUGGGCGGCAAGUUCGGUUGGGGGAGGGUCGUGGGUCCUGGGGGUUGCUGGGACAGAGGGGGGAGCCCGGACGCCUGGGUUCCCAAUACCCCCGCGGGCCCGCACCUCAGGGACCGGGAAGGAUGGAGUCCAGCACGGCUCUGUUCUCCGUCCAGGGGAGCCCCUUCGCCAUGAGGAGCCCAGCCCGGAGCCACUACCACCCCUCACCUGCCCGCCUGCCCGGCCCACAGCACCAGUGCAUGACCCUGAGCCCGGCCCGCCUGCUGACCGGUGUCCCUGCCCUCGCCCCGCACCGAUGGCGCCCCCCUGAGCCCACGGCCUCCAGCCCCCCAGACCUCAGCUUCCUGCAGGGCUCCAGCUGCCGGGGGACAGCUCUGGACUUGGACUCCACCAAACCCUUCCCCGAAUCGUGGUCCUCAACCGAGCGCAGCUCCUCUAGCACCCCCCAGGAGGUGCCAGCCUUGAGGCAGUCCCUGGGCCCCCUAGCCUCAGCCCAGGAUGGGGAGUCCAUCAUUGCCAAGUACAUAGAGCGUUUCCGCCACGGGCAGCCGAGGAGCCGCAACCAGCGCCAGGCGCCCCCCGUCCCCACAGCUAGGGAGUUCUGGUGGCUGGAGCCAGCACUUCCCUCUGACAGCUCCACCCCGAAAGGGGGGGCAAAGCCAGACUGUGCCAAGCUGGAAGAGGCCAGGCCAGGAUGGGCACUUGUCAGCCCCCCGCUGCGCCCCAUGGGGGGCCCCUCAGACACCUCCCCACUGGAGUCGCCUGACCCCGACAGCCACAGCCUGCAGGAGAGAGCCACCCGGCUGCUGCUGAGAAGUGAGUCCUCCCUGAGCAGCACCAUCCCUGUCAGCUCUGAGGGGCUGCGCUCCACACCUCCAUCCAGCACCGUGGACUCAGACCAGGCGCUUCCCUGCCCCUCUCGCCUCUCCCUGCUGGAGCCCUCCCCAGAGCCCCUGCCCCUUGCCUGCUGGCCUCCUGCCCAUAUCCCACAAUGCUCCUCUUCCACUCGGCCGGAGGAUGACAUCCUGUUCCAGUGGCGCCUGCGUCGGAAGAUGGAACAGGCAAGCCAGGCCGGCAGAUCGCUGCCCCUGCCGGGCUGGAGGACUAAGCUGGCCUGGGGCCCAAGGACGGGCGAUGGGGUGUGCAUGGCACGUCCUGGCGUUGGACUGCUGCCAAGUGCAGUGGCAUGGAGGAGCGGAGAUGCUGCUGCGUUCCCAGCGCCUGCUGUCCAGACAGAAAUGAGAUCUGGCCCGGAGUGGGCACUAGGACCCUCUGCUCUUCGCCAAGGGAUGGGGCACCCCCUGGAGGUGCCCUUCCUGAGUGCUAAGCCAGCUGUGGGGCAGAACCCCAUAGCUGUCCACGUUCUGGGGCAGCUGGCAUCUGCUGCCACCCCCUCCAGCACACCACAGCCUGAGGGAGAUGGAGGAGGAGCUGCAGAGAGGUGGAGCUCCCAGGAUGCUUGGCAGGGAAUGGGACCGGCGGAACGUCCUGGCUCCCAGGAUUCUCGGCGGGGAGCGGGACCGGUGGAGCAGCCCAUCUCCCAGGAUGCUCAGUGGGCAGCAGGACCAUCGGAGCGCCCCAUCUUGCAGGAUGCUCGGUGGGCAGCGGGACCGGCGGAGCGGCCCGGCUCGCAGGAUUCUCGGCGGGGAGCAGGACCGGCAGAGCAGCCCAUCUCCCAGGAUGCUCGGCGGGCAGCAGAACUGGCGGAGUGGCCCGUCUUGGAGGAUGCUCGGCGGGCAGCAGGACUGGCGGAGCGGCCCGGCUCUCGGGAUGCUCGGCGGGCAGCGGGACCCGCGGAGCGGCACGGCUCUCGGGAUGCUCGGCGGGCAGCGGGACCCGCGGAGCGGCCCGUCUUGGAGGAUGCUCGGCGGGCAGCGGGACCGGCGGAGCGGCCCGGCUCUCGGGAUGCUCGGUGGGCAGCGGGACCCGCGGAGCGGCACGGUUCCCGGGAUGCUCAGUGGGGAGCCUGGGCAGUGGGUGUGGCACAGCACAUACCUAAAGAGACCGAGCAGCCUUCCAAGCCUCAGCCGUGGCAAGACAGAGCUGCCACGAAGCCAGAGGCGACCCCCAGCUGGAGGAGGAGAGGCAGGAAGGGGGAGUCAUCCAUCCACAGUGCCCUGGGGCAGGUGAUCUCUGAGAGGCUGUUCUCCCCCCCGGCAUCCCACCUCCCCACCAGGGGACGCCAGUCAGGGGAGGGAGCAGUCUCCCCUCCAGAGCAGAGUGCAGCAGAGGAGCUCCUGGCCCCUGGCUCCCAGCACCCACAGCUGCUGCAGCUGGCGGUUCAGCUGCUAGAGGAGGCGGAGGAAUCAGAUGGCACUGAGUUCGAGGAGGAUCCACUGCUGGAGGUGCUGCGGGUCCAGCGGGAGGAUCUGCGCAGCCAGCUCCGGGCCGUCGACAUCGCAGUGUCCAGGCUCGUGUCUCAGGGCUUGGCUGAGCCGCCCGGCCGCCCCUGCUGAGGGUCUCUGGGUCUCCCUCCCUCCAGGCCCUGCUCUGUCUGGAAUCAGCCUUGGGGGGCCGUUAACAAUAUCCUGAGCCAGGGCGACUAGCUGUGAGUCCACGUGCCCCCAUCUCAGGGCCGAGUCAGCCCAGAGCCAGAGGUGGGCGAAUCUGCCAGCUCCCCUCAGGCCAGCUAGGCUACCUAGCGCCGCCUGCACCUCGCGCCCCUUGGGGGAGGGUCAUUGGCUCAUUGGGGGCACAGGAGGGAGCGGGGCGGGAGUGCUGGCUGUGGGUGGAGUUCCCAGCCCCCCGGCCUGGCCCAGCGGGGGGUGCUCUAGGGCACAGGUGUGCCUGGGGGAGCUGUUCCCUGGCCAGGUGUGGAUGGUUUUUGCUGUUUUCUUAGGCAAUGUAAUAAAAGUGGGUUUGCUAAUUGGCAUGGGA